UUGGUCCUUAUCUUAAUUUCCGCAUGACGAUGAGGAUCUGCCUGGGUCUGUCUCGCGGGGCAAAGACGGGCCAGAGAACUGGCCGAAGGGUUGCGGGCGGAGGCGCGCGCGCGAUUAUACCAACAGGACAGUCUUUUGAGGCUAAUCUGGAAUUGUUGACAUACAUCCAUUUACAGUUUGUUUAUGAAAUAGAUGGAAUUUAAAAUUGAACACACAUGGGACGGUUUACCAGUGAACCAUGAACCAGUAACAAUCAGGCUGAAGUCAGGCAAUGAAGGAUUGCUGAUGGAAAUAAGUGCCCCUUUCUUUAAUGAUCCUCCAGCACCACUUGGGGAGCCAGGAAAGCCUUUCAAUGGACUGUGGGACUAUGAGGUUGUAGAAGCAUUUUUCUUGAGUGAGACAACUAAGGGAUACUUAGAAGUUGAACUCUGUCCUCAUGGACAACAUUUAUUGCUGUUACUUUCUGGCAGAAGACAAGUAUGGAAACAAGAACUUGCUUUAACAUUUGAAGUAUCCAGAACAGAGACCAAAUGGAAAGGCAGAGCUCAUCUUCCUUGGAGUUAUUUUCCACCAUAUGCUGACAAGUUUAAUGCAUUUGCAAUUCAUGGAUCAGAAGCAAAGAGAACAUAUGAAGCACUUUACCCUGUGCCUCAGCAUGAAAUACAGAAAGGACAGAAACCUGAUUUGAUUGAUGCAUCUCCAGCAGCCACCAUUCAUUGGAUCAGCCCUCAAGCUUCUUUAAGUUCAGGAACUGACCCAGUGCACAGUAGCCCAAAGACUGAAGUAGUUGAAAAAUGAGCCAUCGCUUGGAAUUUUUCAAACCACUUAACCUGAAGGUAUUAAUGGGAGAAGAUUGGAAACAGCCUGGAUCAGAUCUGUGGAUGUCAACUGAUGAGAUGAACAAGAUGAAAAAAUGAUUUUGUAUGAUUCAGGGUGUAUGAAACUAAAUUAAGAGCUGUAGUGUGCAUAUAUAAACAUCACAAAAAAGUGUUUGGAAAUCCUUUUUAAGCACCAAAUAUGUUAAUCUUUUAAAAAGUCAGUUAUCUGCAGCAGUUGCAGCUAAAAAUCACAGGUCAAUGGUAGUAAUAGAUAUGUAGCCGUGUUAGUCUGGUCUAGCUGAAACAAAAACCAGGACUAUGUGCGCUUUAAAGACUAACAAGAUGGUUUAUUAGGUGAUGAGCUUUUGUGGGCCAGACCCACUUCCUCAGAUCAAAUUGUGGAAAAAAAUUGGCACGACCAUAUCUACCAAAGGAUACAAUAAAAAAAAAACACAUAUGAAAAGGACAAAUCAAAUUUCAGAACAGAAGGGGGAUGAGAGCGGGAGGUACAUGUGAGCUAAUGAUAUUAGAGGUGAUAAUUGGGGAAGCUAUCUUUGUAAUGGGUAAGGUAAUUAGCAUCCCUGUUAAGACACCUAGGUCUUAAAACUGAAAUAUGAGUUUUGUUGGUACCAAGAAAAUGGUACAUGUUAAAAUAUUGUUUUCUGAUCAUGUACUUAAAAUUCAGCUACUCUAAUUGGGCCAACCCUAUCGACUCUGCUCAGAUUAUUAAAACCAUAUUUGUUUUGGGGUAGGAAGAGAUGCCUUGUCUAAGAAUUUAGAGACUUGUGGAAUGUAAGGGCAUGCACAUUUCUUUGUGAUGCAUGUAGGAAGCACCACACUUGCCAUGCACUGUUCAGCAUACUCCUCUUGCUGCAACCUCUUGUGUGUGUGGGGAGGAAGGAAUAUGGCCCUGUAUUCCUAGAGCCUUGCAAGCUGCAGAUAUCUGCUUUAUAUCUGUGUAUAUCCAUAUACACAGCUUACUUUUGAAGAUGUAGAUGUGGAUACAAAAUUUUAUUCACAUCUGUGUAGGGCUUUACCUAUUCCUAGGUCUAUCCUAUUAUUUCAGUCUAGUUUCUUCUUGCAUAAGAAACCUCAUUCUGACUCCUCUAUGAAUGUUCUACCUAGCCUCAAUCAGCUUAAUAUCUGUAGGCCAGAUUUUUAAAAGCAUUUAGACUCUCCUCUGUAUUUCUUUAUGUGUUUAAUUUAUUGACAUCUGAGGUAUCUUUAAUAGUAUGGCUGUCAGUGCCCCCUGGGGGCUGAAAGCUGCUUUUACAGGAAUGCUAAAGCGAUACGGGUGUAUCCCACCUAAUGCACCCAUGCUGCAGAAAACAUAAUUUGAUUCUGAUACGCAUUCCUCUUAACAUAUUUAGUGUCUAACCCUGUUAUGAGAGGGCAAAUACUUAUUUCUUCCUUACAAUGCGAAGGAAAUGUUUUCAAAGGGAUAUAAACUUAGGGUUUUUUCCACAGUAUUUUGAUGUGUACACAAUAGAGCAAUACUGGCACUUUGGGCUUUUCUGAUUGGUUUUAGGCUUCCUCUCUACUGGUAGAUUUUUAUCUUCCAAAGUCAGAAGGGACCAUUGGAGUAUUCUAGUCUGACUUCGCAUAUAACACAAGUCAUAGAACUUCUUCCCCAAAGGAAUUUCAAGAGAAUAUCUUUUAAGAAAACAUCCAAUGUUGAUUUUUAAAAUAUCAGUGAUGGAGAAUCUACUACAACAUUUGAUAAACUUGCUGUGGUUUAUUAGUUUAAAAUGUAUGCCUUAUUUCCAGUCUGAAUUUGUCUAGCUUCAGCUUUCAAUCAUUGGAUCAUUUCAUACUUUUUUCUGCUUGUUUGAAGAGCCCAUUAAUAAAUGUUCCCAAUGUAGAUACUUAGACUGUAAUCAGGGUUAUAGACUGGAAUAAAUUGCAGGGCUGGUGUAUCCAUUCUCUAUUCAGUUGUGUAUUUCUUACUCAAUAAGUACACUUUGACUUUUCCAAGCCCCAGUCUUAUGCAAAUAGACCACUGCAUUCUUAGUGUCACCAAUUCUUUCUGCUCUCUUAAUUAGACUUAUAGAUUCCUUACUAUCAAGUGCCAUUUGUUGACAAUAGUAAGUAUUGUAUGUAUAGUUUCUAGGAUACUUUUUACACCUGCAGUGUAUACACCUUCUCCUGAAAAUUACCGUGUAAUCUGAGAAUAUUGAUCAAUCCAAUAAAUACUGGUAAAAAUACAAGAGUUCUGAUGUUUUUCUAAGAUGUCUUAUUUGAUGAAAUAUGUUCAUGGGCAAAAAAUAUUUUUUUAACAUUUUAAUAUUCCAUAUGUAUUAUUUGAUUGUGAAACAUUUAAUUUUGCCAUUUAAAGUCAAGCAUUCAGGAAUAAAGUGAAUGCUGUAGUUCACAACACUUAGUUGCUUGUAUCAAACAGAUUCUCUUUUCUCAUACUCAGCUGAUUAUCCUAUAAGUAAAGGAACAAUAAGUCAGUGUUAUUUAUUCAGGUGCUUUUCAGCCCAUUUUUCCCACAACACUUCAAAUUUUGUCCUUGGAUAUGUCUGUAGGACUCUCAUUCUCUAUAUCUGAGAGAAGUAGAUGUUAUUUUUUUACCAUAAAUAAAAAAAUUAUGCUCUUGUUGCAUUAUUUCAUUAGCUGUUUCUUAAAAUCCAGAUUAUCAUAUAGUUCAUAUACACCAUGUGUAUUGUAUAUCUGCAUGAUAAAUGGCAUAGCUACAUGACUUUAUUGUACACCUGCCAUCUUUUCCUGCAUUCUGUCUGCUAAUCCAUCUUCUGUCAAUUUAUUUUAACGUUUUAAAUUUGUGAUAAUUUUAAACUGUUAUUGUCAUUUAAAAAUCAGCUUACUUGGUCAGUUUUUCCAACAGGAAAUAUUCAGUCCUACAUCAGUUACAGAUGUCUGAUAUCUCAUGGAACAGGAGACUCAGUUAUAGGAGUUUCAUUAUUCUGGAAAGGGGGUAUUCUCCAUAGGAUGCCCAGCACUUGAUGCUAACACUGACAAGACUCAAGACAACUGACUUUAUAGUCUGACUUUUUUUCUAUAUAUGUAAAAAUGGUUUGGGUUUUUCUUAAGCCAUAACUUUCUUCUCCCUCUGAGCCCUGUAUAGUGUAAGCCUGCUACAUUGAAGGCUAUGCCAGAGCUCUGCCUCCAAUGGGCAUAUGGCUGGGUGACUAAAGGAGCAUGGAGAAAGUGCCAGUAAGUGUUUAAAAUGCUUGUGAAUAUUUCUAAUUUAGUUCUUUAACGUGGCACAUGGAGUGUAUGCAGAAGGAGAAGUCUAGUAUAUAUUUAUUUUAUUUUACUUAUAGGUUGAUCUCUAAGUCACUUGUGGCCUUAUAACUUGUGAGUAACACAGCUAUUAAAAAUUCAUGCCUGUAAAACCUGUGAAAGCAUCCUGUCAUGUAUUUUCUCUCUUCUCU